GUACCAACAGCAUGUUCACUCAGAAAUUUCUCAGUCCCUCAGAUUUGUGUAUCAUCCAUUCUUGUCACCAUGAUCCGAAGUAUUAUCCUCCUUCUCUGCAAUAUCUUGCUAGCUUUGACUACUCCUCAAGUGGUCACCACGAGCUGUCAAUGUUUGCAAGUUACUAAGAACAUUCCUAACCUAAAAUCCUUUGAGAAAAUUGAUGUGAUUUUCCCCAGUGCUACGUGUCCACGUCCUGAGAUCAUAGGGACAAUGAAGAUUGGGAAGGAACAAAUAUGUCUGAAUCCCGAUACCUCAACUAUGAAGAAUAUACUAAAAACCAUUAAAAAGACAAGGUCUUGAACAGCUCCUGUCCACAACUGAAGACCUAUAUACUCUUCCUGUUGCUGACAAGGUUUUAACCUGUAUGAAGCCGUCCUAAAAUAUACAGAAGAAAGUUAAGCCCUGACUGUUUCUAGAGUUUAAUUCUUCUAAAAAAAAAUCACCAAUCACAAAUAAUCAAUUGGCUACUUUUAAAAAAGAACCUAAUUAGCAACAGAAGCUUUGGUGAUUCCUUAUCUUGUGGUGUUUAAAUGAAUGAUAUUUAAGUCAUUUUGAAUAGAGGUUUACCUAACUUGGCAUUCAUCAUGAGUUUGUUGUAUCUUCUGAGUGGUUCUGUCUUAGGUAAAGAUCAUCAUUACCAAAUGAUACUGUUAGAAAAUAUACAGGCCAGAAUGUAAGUCUCAUCAGGUACUUAUUACUACACUCAUUUCCAAAAAAGUUUAUCUUCCUGAGUAUACUUGAUGUCCCUGCUACUGCAAAGUACUAUAUGGGAGCACAAAUCCUAAAUAACUGACAGA